GUUAAACCAUGGUGACGCAUAGAAGAAAAGGAGGCAGUGGUCCGCCACAGAAACCACCGCCAAGAAUAGUUGAUCGAUCUAGUUUUGACGCCGACAAAAAGAAGAUAAAAGUCGAAAAACUAUAUCACAAAGCCAACAAUCCAGACAAUGACUGGCCAUUUUCCUUCGGUUCAGUCUUCAAAAUGUUGCUCUCAAUUCGAAUUUCCGGUGCAAUAUGGGGUAUUAUCAAUGAUUGUGAUGAAGUCUACAACUAUUGGGAGCCACUUCAUUUGUUUCUUUACGGAGAAGGAUUUCAAACAUGGGAAUACUCUCCCGUUUAUGCCAUCCGAUCGUAUUUCUACAUUUACCUCCACUACAUUCCCGCGAGUCUUUUUGCCAACUUGUUCGGUGACACUAAAAUUGUAGUUUUCACUCUUAUUCGAUUGACAAUUGGUUUAUUUUGUUUGUUGGGAGAAUAUUAUGCAUUUGAUGCCAUUUGUAAGAAAAUCAACAUUGCAACUGGCCGAUUCUUCAUCUUAUUCUCAAUUUUCUCAUCUGGAAUGUUCCUGGCAAGUACUGCAUUCGUUCCAUCUUCAUUCUGUAUGGCUAUAACUUUCUACAUACUUGGAGCAUAUCUCAACGAGAAUUGGACAGCUGGAAUCUUCUGCGUCGCUUUCUCCACUAUGGUUGGCUGGCCGUUCUCUGCUGUCUUGGGGCUUCCGAUUGUUGCCGAUAUGCUUUUAUUGAAAGGAUUAAGAAUUAGAUUUAUUCUGACAUCGUUAGUGAUUGGAUUAUGUAUUGGUGGUGUGCAGGUUAUUACUGAUAGUCAUUAUUUUGGAAAGACUGUUUUGGCCCCAUUAAACAUCUUCCUCUACAACGUUGUCAGUGGUCCUGGUCCAUCACUUUACGGAGAAGAACCGCUCUCUUUCUACAUCAAAAAUCUCUUCAACAACUGGAAUAUCGUCAUAUUUGCUGCUCCAUUUGGCUUUCCUCUGUCUCUUGCCUAUUUCACAAAAGUCUGGAUGUCUCAGGAUAGAAACGUGGCACUCUAUCAAAGAUUUGCACCAAUCAUCCUAUUGGCUGUCACCACUGCCGCAUGGCUUUUGAUUUUUGGAAGUCAAGCUCAUAAAGAAGAACGUUUCCUAUUCCCAAUUUAUCCAUUCAUUGCUUUCUUCGCUGCUCUUGCAUUGGAUGCCACGAAUCGACUGUGUCUCAAGAAAUUAGGAAUGGAUAAUAUUCUCAGCAUUCUCUUCAUUUUGUGCUUUGCAAUUCUCUCGGCAUCAAGGACGUACUCAAUUCAUAACAAUUAUGGAUCUCACGUUGAGAUUUAUCGAUCUCUGAACGCAGAGCUGACGAAUCGGACGAAUUUCAAAAAUUUCCAUGAUCCAAUUCGUGUAUGCGUUGGAAAAGAAUGGCACCGCUUCCCUUCAUCGUUCUUCAUUCCACAAACAGUUUCUGAUGGGAAAAAAGUGGAAAUGCGAUUUAUUCAAAGUGAAUUCCGCGGACUUUUACCUAAACCAUUCUUAAAAUCGGACAAGUUGGUGGAAGUUACACGUCAUAUACCAACAGAAAUGAAUAAUCUGAAUCAAGAAGAAAUAUCGAGAUAUGUGGAUUUAGAUUCAUGCGAUUAUGUGGUUGAUGUUGAUAUGCCACAGUCGGAUAGAGAACCUGAUUUCAGGAAAAUGGAAGAUAACUGGAAACCAGUGGAUUCGCUUCCAUUCAUCGAUGUCUCCAAAUCAACAGGAUUCCAUGGGCUUCUUCGUGCAUUUUAUGUUCCAUUCCUUUCUGCCAAACAUAAUGUCAUGACGACAUGCACUUUAUAUCGAAAAUCAAAUUUGUAAAACAUGUAUUAAAUAUUUAUUGUUCACUUUGUCUGAACGGAAUUCAGAUUCAGGGAUUCCGAUUUCAUGUUAAUUUCGGGUUUUUUCUUUUAGGUCACCUUCUUUAAAUUUAAUUUAUUCUUCUUAUUUAUUGCCUGGAAAUUUUUAAAAUUUGUAUUUAUCGUUAAUAUUAUUUAUUACCAAGAAAUAUUUU